AUGGAGGCCGUUAUAGCAGCUGCUGUAGCUCCUCUCAGGGUGCAAAUCACUAAGUUGCAGACCUUUGCUGUUAACUACCAGGAAAAAUGUUCUGAGUUACAAAUUGAAGUGAAAGCACUACAAGAGGAUAUCCUUGAGCUGAAUAAACAAUUACGUGACUUUCAUGCCCGAGAUACUGCUGCCGUAGAUACUAAUGCACAAAUGCCCCUACCACUUAAGUUUAAUGGAGACCACCGCCAUUAUAGAGGGUUCCUUAAUCAAUGUUGUAUAUACUUUCAGAUGCAACCUGCUGCAUUUACUUCUGAAAGGAAAAAGGUGCUGUUUAUUAUCAACCUCUUGACUGAAGAAGCUUUAGCCUGGGCCUCCCCUUAUGUGGAGAAAGAUGAUGUCGUCCUGGAUGAUUUCGAUUCUUUUGUGACUGCAAUGAACCAAGUUUUCGAUGAUCCUAACCGCUGCGCUACUGCUGAUUAG